AUGGUGUCGGGGCUCUACGUGCUACUGUGGGCAGUGGCGGCGGCGACGGCGCUCCUGAGCCGGCUGGCGGUGGCGGUGGGGCCGGUGGUGCGGUGCGACCCGUGCGACGCGCGGGCUCUGGAGCAAUGCAAACCCUUGGCGCCCGAGUGCCCGGAGCUGGUGCGCGAGCCGGGCUGCGGCUGCUGCUUAACGUGCGCCUUGCAAGAAGGACAGCUGUGCGGCGUCUACACCGAGCGCUGCGGCUCCGGGCUCAGCUGCCGGCCCCGGAACGACGAGCCGAAACCUCUGCAGGCGCUGCUCGACGGCAAGGGGCUCUGCACCAACGUCAGCGGCGACGCAGCGGGCGGCGGCGGCAGCAGCAGCUCCUCCGCCAGCAACAGGCUCGGCUACUUCCUCCCGCGCGGGACUCACGGGGCAGGGAAUUCCAGUGAUUCAGAUGAAGACCAGAAUAUCAGUAGUAAAGAAAAUCAGUCUGUCACCAGCACAAACAGGAUGUUAGAUUCCAAGUCACAUGUCCACCAGACCAAGAUAGAUGUCAUAAGGAAAGAAUAUACCAAAAAUACCCAGCGCUACAAAUACGAUUCACAAAGCACAGACACACAGAAUUUCUCAUCUGAAUCUAAACAGGAGACUGAAUAUGGUCCUUGUCGGAGAGAGAUGGAAGACACAUUAAACAAUCUGAAAAUUCUGAAUGUUUUAAGCCCAAGAGGAUUGCAUAUUCCAAAUUGUGACAAGAAGGGAUUUUACAAGAAAAAACAGUGUCGUCCAUCCAGAGGCCGGAAGAGAGGCUAUUGCUGGUGUGUGGAUAAAUAUGGGCAGCCACUCCCUGGAUAUGAUGGGAAAGGGAAAGCAGAUGUCCAUUGUUACAAUUUAGAAAACAAAUGAGAAGAGGCCACCAUCUUCCAGGGAGUCUGUGUGUGGCAUCUUGACCAGUCAGAGGCCUUGGAGUGACUGGGCUAUAGCAUGGAAUGCGUUGGACUUGGGAAUUCUGAGUUUUGGCCCCUAUCUAUAUUGAGGAGAGUCAAUGACUCUAUGGAUUCUGCAGCUGCAUCCUGCCACUGAUUCACUUUCAGCUUUCCAUAGAUUUACAUAGGGAGCUCUGAAAUCCCAGAUAAAUCUGCACUAUUGAUCCCCAGAAUGAAUAAGAAAGGAAAAAAAAGGCACUUCAGAAUGGAUUCAGGGAGCCUCCACUGACUUUGGUUUCUGUUUUUGUUUUUUAAAUAACGGCCUGUGACCAAUUUGAUCCCGAAAGAUAACUGUGUUUUUAUUUUGAAGAAUUUAUAGACUGUAAGUAUUGUGAAGAUAUUUAACACAUUGGGCAUGACACAACCCAAGCUAAGCACUUUUUAAGUCACAUCAAUUAUUCAUGUGUUUAAAUAUCUUCCAUUGAAAUAAAAAGAACUGAAGUUGCUAUCCUGUAUGCACUUAGCUUGAGAAUAAGCCCCAUUAAACUCAGUGGGACUUAUAGCUGAUAAAUGUGUAGGAUUGUGCUGUUAAUAGUGCUUAUCUUGGGCUGAAUCACACUCAAGGUUUUAAACUAAGCUGUUUUGUUUUUAUACAGGUCUGACGGGAACUUUAUUUUCACGGGUAAAACAUGUUUUAUUAAAAGAAAAAGCUCAAAGAACUUUUAAAAGAUACAUGUUUCUACAUGGUUAUUUUUCCUGUAAAAAUAUACUGUAUUAUGACUGUUCUGUUAGUCUGUAUUUAAUAUAAUUUUUUUAAAAUAAACUAUUUAAAUGUAACAUAUAAAUAUUCAAAUGUUACCCAAUCAUUAUAGCAUAUGCUUCCAAAUUCUCUUUCCCAGGAGACUUACCAAAGCCUGUGCAUGUUAAACAGAUAAUGGAUUGUGAAGUGGACCAAUCAGUAUUUGCAAGAUCCUAGAGACAAAAAGAAGCAAUGCUCUUCAGUAGAUAAUGUGCAAAGGUUUCCAUUCUUCAUGAUCAUUAAAUCUUAAUUAACAUUAUUCAUGAAUCCUUGUCCAAGACUGGCAGAUUUCAAACUUACAUCUCUUGAGGCUCGUCUGAACCAGUUUCCUCCAAAUAUUGAUAAAAUCAGUUGAGUAGCCAUUAGGCAAAAAUAGAAACAGUAGACAAGGAGAGAAGGAUUUGAUUAACUUGACAACAAAUACAUAUCAAGUACUUUACUAGACCCUUAAAUAAAGUUUAGGCACUGAAUUACAGGACAUGUGAAAAAUGCCUCUCAAAGUGACGUCUGAUCUACAAAAGCUUAUGCUAUAACAAAUUUGUCAGUUUUUAAGAUGC